AUGGGUAAUGAUGGUGGCACAAUUGCCAAAAGGCAGGAUAUAUUAUCACUACAUAACUCCAAAUCCACAUUUACAGAAUUUGCAGAAGACAAAGGAGAAAAUAAGGAGCAAAUCUUGUUACAGAGUUGCGCUUUUUCAGGCCUUCCCUUAUACAAAAACAACCCUGUAGUAGGUGACUUCAAAGGCAAGCUAUACAUCAAGGAAAAGAUUUUACAGUACUUGCUAGAAUGCAAGCUAAAUAAACUAAAUAUCCAGUUACAGUUUCAACAUUUAAAGUCAUUGAAAGAUUUGCGAACGGUGAAAAUUACCUGGGAUAUCAUCAAUGACAUAGCUCACUUCCAAUGCCCCAUAACGAAAGAGUUGGACGAUAAAACAUCAUAUUCAUAUUUGCGACCUUGUGGCUGUGUGAUGUCAUACAAGUUGUUAAAAGAGUUGAAAAGGUCCUUAAAGACUGUUGAAGCUUCAGAUCAGAUCGAGGCUCAUUGUCCCGUAUGUAACAAAGAGUUUACCUUUGACUAUGAUUUGGUGAUAAUAAACCCUAUAAACAAGUCUGAGUUUGAUGAGUUCAACGAGGAUAAUUACAAGUAUUUGAGAAACGUACUACGUCUUAGUCAUGCUAAGGAACCCCUAAAGAGAAAGAAGAAAAAGAGUGAAGGGGAGGAUGGCGAUGAUGAAGAAGCCAGAGAUGACCUUAUACGAAAGAGGAAAAUGGAUACCGAUGAUGGCUUAGAAGUAGGAAAGAGAAUUAGAACUUAA